AUGAACGAGGAUGCAGCGGUACAGGAAAUAUACCGCAAGAUCGAACGGGAGAAAGCCAUCAUCAAUGCCGCCAACUCGCUCCGGCAGGCCACGAACAAUGCGUCUGUGCUCUCGCGUGGUGAGUCGCAGAUACGCGAUGCACGAAGGAACAUCCAGUAUUUCGAGCAGAGACUACAAGAGCUGCGGACCCGGAAGAUGGGCGGUGAUAUGAGCAACAUGUCAAUCUCUGGUAAUGGAGGUCCCCCACCGCCACAGCAUGGCGGGUCGAGUGCUCCUGCACGAACGGGAGCGGGCAUGAACAAUCAGCAGAACUACCAUACCCGACAAGCCGACUACGGCGCACCGGCUGCUGGCGGAUACAGCAUGGGUGGAGCACCUGGCCUCAUGCCACCAAGGGCACCAUAUGCGCCACCCGGACCUGGAGACAGGUCACCGCGAGCUCGACCUAACUACAGCAAACUCGAGCUGAUCAAGUACGACACCCAACACCUUGGACCGCGAAUCCAACUAAUGCUGUCGCAACUGGAAUUCAAGCUAAGCGUGGAGAAGCAGUACAAGGACGGCAUAGAGAAGAUGGUCAAGCUGUAUCAGAUGGAGAGAGAUCGCAAAAGUCAGGCAGAUGCCGAGCAUAGACGUGUGGAGUCGAACCAGAAGAUACAGCUGCUGACACGUGCGUUGAGGCGCUACGAGGACCUGCACGUCGGUAUUGAGGACUCUGCGGACGCAGCUGAUGACGAGAGCUUGGACACUCCGACCCAGCGAAAGCCAUUGACGGGUCACUUGACCGUACGGAUACACGCCGUUGCCGAUGUGGAUCACGCAUCGACCGGCCGUUUCCAGAGAGGGCCCGAGACCUUCGUGAUCAUGAAGGUUGAGGACGCAUUUAAGGGCCGAACGAAAGCCACGCGGAUAGAUCGCUGGACGGACGAAGCUCACGAGUUUGACUGUGAUAAGGCGAAUGAGAUUGAGUUCACAGUAUACGACAAGUCUGGCGAGCAAGCAGUGCCUAUCGGUCUGCUGUGGAUACGGCUCGCAGAUCUAGUGGACGAGAUCAGACGGAAAAGGAUCGAGACAGAGUUCAACCAAGCGGGGUGGACCACGGCGGAGAAAGUGGACGGCGGGCAGACUCGACCUGACUUACAGUUUCAGCCUCCGCCCAAUGCACAGAGCUUGCAGGGUGGCGCUGGUGUAACGGCAGCAGCAGCUGGUGGUCCUCCGGGUUCGGGCCUGGCGCCGCAGACUGGCCCUAUCUUCAUUGACGCCUGGUUCUCUCUUGAGCCUGUUGGACGGAUCCAGCUGACCCUGGGCUUCGUCAAGCAGGUCAAAGAUCGAAGACCAUUCGAUGUUGGUCUUAACCGUAAAGGUGCCGUCAGGCAGAAGAAGGAGGAUAUCGUUGAGCAGUACGGCCACAAGUUCACCGUGCAAACAUUCUACAAUAUCAUGCGUUGUUCGCUAUGCGGCGACUUCCUCAAGUAUACGGCCGGCAUGCAGUGCGCGGACUGCAAGCUCACCUGUCACAAGAAUUGCUACCAAAAGGUCGUAACGAAGUGCAUCAGCAAGUCUAACGCCGAAACCGAUCCGGACGAGGAGAAGAUCAACCAUCGUAUUCCUCACCGCUUCGACUUCUUCUCCAACAUGGGCGCCAACUGGUGCUGUCACUGCGGCUACAUACUACCUAUUGGGCGCAAGCAGUCACGGAAGUGCUCCGAGUGCAAACUUACCUGCCACGCCAAUUGCGUGCAUUUCGUGCCCGACUUCUGCGGCAUGAGCAUGGAGUCUGCAAAUCAGAUCCUGGCUGAGCUGAAGGUAGCGAAGAGCAAGGGCGCAGGCCAAGGAAGAAUGUUGCAGAAUAGCAGCAGGCUGAGGCCGCCGUCCGGGGCUACAUCAGGCCGGCCGACGCCGACGCCGAGCCAGCAAAGCUUCGUGCAAGCCCCCGGCCACCAGGAGCAGAUCACGGCUGCCGCUGCCGCUGAGGCCAAUAAGCAGGAACGCUUCUCGUAUGGCAAAGAAAGAAUAUCCGAUCAAUUUAUGGAUCCGCCGCCGCCACGAACGUCUUCUUUCGGCCCGGGCGUGGAUCCUGUAGGGGCGGCGAAGGCUUCAAUGAACACGCCACCUUCGCCCGAUAGCGCUCAGAGACCAGGCGCGCAUCGUUCGCAGUCAUCGCAGACCUCCGCUGCGCCAAUGACGGCCGCUGCUGCCGCCCAGGCUGCCUAUACUGGCAAGCGUACUUCUGCGCAGGACCAGCAACGGCCUGGAUAUCAGCGAGGCUCGACCGACUAUAAUCAGACUGGCUCUCGGCCCGGUAGUGGCUACGCUGACGGGUACCAUGAAAGCAAAGGUUACAGACCACCUCCGCAACAAGCACAGCAACCUGGACCUGUGCCGUACGAGCCUGCAGCGUACGCAAACGUAAGCGGGUACGGACACCCCGCCCAGCCGUCAAGUCCUAUCCAGCAACAGCCCAUAGCAGCGCCGCCGGUGAGGGCGCCGUAUCAGCAGGCCCCCGCGCCUGUGCCGCAAGUACAACCUCCGGCGGUACAGACGCCUGCUCCGCCGCAGAUAACAGCUGCGUCUCAAACACCCGUGAACGUUACUACACCGGCACAGGAAGAGCGGAAACAAGCACCACCCGCCAACACCGCUGGUACUGGCAGGCGCAUUGGGCUCGAUCACUUCAACUUCCUCGCCGUGCUUGGUAAGGGUAAUUUCGGAAAGGUCAUGCUAGCAGAAGCGAAGGCCUCGAAGCAACUCUACGCCAUCAAGGUGCUAAAGAAAGAGUUCAUCAUCGAGAACGACGAAGUGGAGAGCAUCCGAUCGGAGAAACGUGUCUUACUUAUCGCCAACAAGGAGCGGCAUCCCUUUUUGGUGAACUUGCACGCUUCAUUCCAGACGGAGACGCGAGUCUACUUCGUCAUUGAAUACGUGGCUGGCGGAGAUCUCAUGCUGCACAUUCAGCGCGGCCAGUUUGGCACCAAGCGGGCCCAGUUCUACGCCGCCGAGGUGUGCUUGGCGCUCAAGUACUUCCACGAGAACGGCGUCAUCUACCGCGAUUUGAAACUCGACAAUAUCAUGUUGUGUCUUGACGGCCACAUCAAGAUUACCGAUUACGGUCUCUGCAAGGAGGACAUGUGGUAUGGUUCUACUACCUCGACCUUCUGUGGUACACCCGAGUUCAUGGCGCCGGAGAUCUUGCUCGAUAAGAAGUACGGCCGCGCUGUCGACUGGUGGGCUUUCGGUGUAUUGAUAUACCAGAUGCUGCUGCAACAGUCACCUUUCCGCGGUGAGGACGAGGAUGAGAUCUACGAUGCUAUUCUAGCUGAUGAGCCUUUGUACCCGAUCCACAUGCCAAGAGAUAGCGUGUCGAUUCUGCAGAAGCUGCUGACGAGGGAGCCCGAAUUGAGGUUGGGCAGCGGACCGACUGACGCGCAGGAGAUCAUGAGCCAUGCUUUCUUCCGGAACAUCAAUUGGGAGGAUAUCUACAAUAAAAGGGUGCCCGCGCCGUUCGUUCCGACGGUGAAGAAUCGCGCGGAUACUAGUAACUUCGACUCGGAAUUCACGAGUGUGACGCCGGUUCUGACGCCGGUGCAGUCCGUUCUUACGCAAGCGAUGCAAGAGGAGUUCAGAGGCUUCUCUUAUUCUGCGGACUUUGUUUGA